AGUGACAGCCAACCUCUGGAAUUUCAGUGUAGAAGAAAGAGAAGCAAAUCAUGGGGCACAGAGUGUAGCAACAGCAUUGAAAAGAGUAUGACAGAGAUAUUUUUUCCGUAGAGUAGAUUUUGACUUUGUGCUCUGGAAAUACAUGAAAUCCGGUGUGCCUUGUGAAAAACUGAGACUUGUUUCUGUCUAGGCAAUUUAAUGAGCGUAAUCCCCUGGGAGGAAUAGUCAGAACGCAGAGCAACCAAAGUCAGCCCCGUGGGAAACAAGGCAUUACGGCUGCUCACUGUGACAGACAUGCAGCCACUUACUUUGGUCGGUGCUCUUUUUCUCCUGCUCCACAUCUCUGCUGGUAGCACAGACGCCUAUAGGCACUACAGGCAAGUCCUUACUGGAAACCAACCAGGUGUGUGUCGCUAUGGUAGGAGACUGGAGUGUUGCUAUGGCUGGAAGAAAAACAGUAAAGGGCAGUGUGAGGCCCAGUGUGAGCACGGGUGCAAGCACGGAGAGUGCGUUGGCCCCAACAAAUGCAAGUGUUUUCCAGGAUACUCCGGAAAGACAUGUAAUCAAGACCUGAAUGAGUGCGGCCUGAAACCUCGUCCAUGUGAGCAUCGCUGCAUGAACACCUAUGGGAGUUACAAAUGCUACUGUCUCAACGGAUACACCUUAAUGGCCGACGGAUCCUGUGCCAAUUCCAGGACCUGUGCACUUGCUCACUGUCAGUAUGGCUGUGAGGAAGUACAAGGAGAGAUUCAUUGCCUCUGCCCAUCUGCAGGGCUGCAACUGGGGCAGGAUGGAAGAACUUGUGUAGAUAUUGAUGAGUGUGUAACUGGGAAGAACCUCUGCCCAUACAACAGACAAUGUGUGAACACCUUUGGCAGCUACUACUGCAAGUGCCAGGAAGGCUACGAUCUGAAAUAUGUCAACGGCAAAUAUGACUGUGUAGACCUUGAUGAGUGUGCAGCCGGCACCCACAAGUGCAGCCACCACGCUGUCUGUGUGAACACUCAAGGAUCCUACAGGUGCAGGUGCAAGUCUGGCUUCAGAGGCAAUGGCUUUGAAUGCUCUGUUAAGCCGUUUUAUCAGAGUUCGUGGGAUGGAGAAAAAGGCAGUGCAGAUGAUUCCCUGAAUGCCAUCCCAGACUCCCAGGUGAAGCCUAGGAUUCUGGGAGGUAAACUUACUGACGAGGACAUCAAAAAUGUAAUCCUCGAACCAGUCGCAACGCCACCUCCCAACAUCCCCCUGCAACCUUUUGACUAUGACGGGGAGGUCUAUGUUGGCACUACGACUAAAGGAACGCAAGAGGAGGGAUUUCCUGAGGAAGAAGAGGAAGAGGUGGAAGAGGAAGACAACCAGCUCAAUCCCAGAGGAGACGUUUUCAUAUCAGAGGACUUUGAGUCAGUGUUCGGACCAGCCACAGAAGUCAAAGAGAUCCACAUAGCGCCAGGUCAAGAAGAGUAUUUCAUGGAUUGCAACUUUGACAAAGGGGCGUGUGAAUGGAUCCAAGACAAGUCUGAUGACAUGGACUGGAGUGUAGCAUACCAUGACAAUGGUGGUGAGUACUACAUGGCUUUGAGUGGGCUUGUAGGGGAGCAAGAGGAUGUGGCCAGGUUGAAACUGCUUCUUGGUGACCGGUCCCAGUACGGCAGCUUCUGCCUUACCUUUGACUACCGUGUGGUUGGCCCUGAUGUGGGCACGCUCAGGGUACUGCUGGACAACAAUGUUUACCCAGUAUGGGAGCAGAGUCAGAGCAGAGAGCAGGGCUGGCAGACUGAGUUUCUCACAGUGGCCUGGAAGGAGAAGGCCCCAGAGUCUGUUAUCUUUGAAGGUCAGCGCGGGAAAGGUCUUGGAGGUGAGAUUGGGCUGGACACUGUUGUGCUGACAUCAGGAACGUGUCAAGAGGAUCCAGUCUUUUAAGAACAUAUGCCUUGACAUUUAUCCAUGUUAUGGUGUGUUUCUUGUGGAUUUUUUUCCCAUUAUUCCCUCAGUGCAGACACACAGUCUGCAGGGAACAAUACAUAAACUAAGUGCAGAGAAAUUCAUGUCAUCACAAAGCUGCUACAUAGAAGCACCCUGCUAUAGUUUUUUUGUGAUUUUCAAAAUCAUCUUUUAUGGUACAGAUAACUCAGAUCUCAGGAAAAGGUGAAAAUGCUAACUUUGUUAGUCUGGUCCAACAGUAUUGUGCUUAAACCUUUGUUAUGUUUGCAACAGUGCAUUUCUGAAGUUAAUAGUUAAAAAGUUAAUAGUCCACAAUAUGUAAUGUGAAUUGUUAGGUUAAUUAUAUCUGCAAUUUUAAUUGAUCAACGUUUUUG